AUGAAGCUUUUCAAUUUUUUCGCCUUUGCUAGUUGUAUUCCGCUGAACAACGUUCCAGCAGGAGAAAUUGAAAGAAUCGCGCAAAUGGCUCUUGAUAAAGGCCAAGUUCUCGACAAAAUAACACGGCGAGGAAAUCAACUUUCACUCGAGUUCUCGGAGGGAGAUUGCAAGGACGGCUCUACGGAUUAUGAGACAACUGAGCCACCGAUGAUCGACCCAGUCAUUUAUCAUAAAUCCGAUGAUUUAAUGACGUACGAUGAGGCAAUAGAAUAUUGCAAUGAGCAGGACAUGGAAUUGGCUUUCCAACCAAACCAUAAAAAUCCUUAUGGCGAAGAACUGUUAGUAUCGAGUAUUACCAGCGAUUUGGUAGAUCCGGAUAUUACUCACUAUUCUUGGUUCUAUUACCCGAAUUCUACUUGUUCGGCUCUUAGAUACAAUCAAAUUAGAGGCAUUAUGGGCAGCUCACACAAUUUGGAUAAUGACCAUCAUGCAGCUUUGUUUCCAGACGGAUGCGAAACCAAACUCCAAGCAAUCUGUAUGUCGGGAGAAUAUCAAACAACGACUUACGAAAUGCCUACUUCUACUCGAUGGUAG